GGAUGGAUACCGCUUUCUCCUUUUGGCCUGUUGCUUUUUCACUGCCACAAAUGCUACUUUUACUUUCUGUUUACUAACUGGCAUGGUGUUGAUUUCUUUCCGGGCCGGCGCGCAUCGCAACUGCCUGCAAGUAAAGCGCAAUAUCGCUAAUAAAGUUCCUAAACUGUGACGUCAGCUGAUCGAUUGUUGACGAAUUGAAUUUCGGCAGCGUAGUGUACUUUUGCGGGUUACGAUUGAAAAGUUAGUUCACAUUUUGAGCAGGCUUCGCAUUUUGAGAAGGCGAACGGCAUUGGAUUGGAACUUUUUUUAUCCGUUAACAGUUUAUCUGGAUGUCAUUGUGUUUUCGCGAAGUCUUGAAUCCGGGCUCUCCACAUCGGUGCUUGGACCGUUCGGCUGGUUGGUGUACGUUGACACUGUUGUUUUAGAAUAUCGUGGAAAAUGUCGAACCAGACGUACACCAUUUCAACCUUGUUGGAAAAGCUCAACGAACCCGACAAGGACUUUCGGUAUAUGGCCGCUAAUGAUCUCAUAAAUGAGUUGCAAAAGGAGACAGUGCAACUGGACGAUGAAACCGAGAAAAAGGUCGUCAGCGGUGUGCUUAAAAUUCUGGAUGACAAAAACGGAGAAGUUCAAAAUCUGGCUGUGAAAUGCCUGGGCCCUCUGAUUCGGCGCGCACGAGACGUCAGCGCGGAAACCAUUGUGGAUAAGCUGUGCUUCAACACGAUGACCAGAGAGAAGGAUCAGGCACAGUUGCGAGAUAUUUCUAGCAUGGCUUUGAAGACUGUCUUCCACGAAUUACCCAGCAGUAACCAGGGACUCGUGGGGAACCUUUCCAAGCGCGUCACUGGCAAAUUGCAUCCCUUCAUUUCUAAAGAAAAGGUUCAAGAAGUCUCCAUUCAUCUGGAGAUCCUGGAAAUCAUCGGAACACUUUUGCAAAAACACGGACACCAUUUGGUGAACUAUCACAGUGUGCUAAUGGAUGCUUUUUUUCCGCUUCUGAAGAAUAACCGUAUGGCCGUUCGCAAACGAGCUAUCACUGCACUCAGCAACCUUGUGAAUGUCUGCAGCGAAGAAAUGUUCGAAACGUUGAUCCAAAAUCUUCUUCGAGAAAUUUCCUUGGAGAUUAGUGCGAAUGAUGCGAAAACAACUGUCCAGUUUUUGGAAGGAAUUAGUCGAGCGGCGGGUUUGCGUUUUGGAAAACACCUCCACGAAUUCAUCGGUUAUGUCCUCAAGUUUGCCCAGCAAGACGAUGAUGAAUUACGCGAGUACUGCUUUCAUACCAUGGAAACUUUCCUGCAGAAAUGUCCAACGGAAGUGUCACCAUUUGUUCUCGAUAUUGUGAACGUCGCUUUGAAGUAUUUGUCGUACGACCCUAAUUACAGCUAUACUGACGAGGAUAUGGAAGAAGAUACGGGGGCGGAUGGAGAUGAAGGUCAAUUCAGUGACGACGAAGAUAUCAGUUGGAAAGUGCGACGAGGCGCCGUGAAGUGCUUAGAGGCCGUGAUCACAACUCGCAGGGAAUACAUUUUGGAUUGCUUGAAACGCAUUGGUCCGGCACUUAUUGCACGGUUUUAUGAUCGCGAAGAUGCUGUCCGUGUGGAUGUGAUAAAUGCCUUUUCGUCGCUGUUGCAGCAGACGGAUAACACGCUAGGAGCAAUGCGGAGCAAAAAUGAUUUCGGAGAUGAACGUGACUUACCGGUUGGAGUGUCGGACGCCCUUCGCGAGCAGCUUCCGGCACUAAUAAAAGCCUCGAAAAAGCUAAUUGUCGACAAGAGCAUAAAAUCUCGGCAGGCCACUCUGCAGAUGCUUAGUCGUUUGGUUGGGGUUCUCAAAGGCUGCUUGACAGAACAUUUUCAUUUGCUUCUACCUGGAUUGGAAUUCUGCUUAGUGGAUAAGUCAUCAGUGUCGAAUAUCAAAUUGGAAGCACUUUACUUCCUGCAGAGCUGUAUGUCCACUCACCCGCCUGAGCUUUUUGCUAAAUAUGCUAGUCAGCUGAUUAAGAUAUUUUGCCGGUGCAUCGGUGACAGUUUCUACAAGGUGAUUGCGGAAUCAUUGGCUGCCUUGCAGCAAUUGAUCUCGGUUCUGCGGCCAGUUGGGAAGCCGCAGUUGUUGGAUGUUGCGCCGUUUGCCCCUGAACUGUACGGUGCCAUAUUAUCGCGCUUUAAAGAUUCUGCAUUGGAUCAGGAAAUUAAAGAACGUGCUGUAUCCUGCAUGGGUCAGUUGAUGUUUUCGCUGGGCGAUUAUUUGCGCCCUGAACUGAAAGGAUGUUUGCCGAUUUUUAUUGACCGUCUCAAAAAUGAACCUACACGCCUUUCGACAAUGAAUGCUCUGGUCAAUGUUACUAGUUCCCCUUUGCAUAAUGAUGUGUCAGAAGUACUAGAUGAAUUACUGAACCUGUCCACGUCUUUCUUGAGGAAAAAUUUGCGGAAUCUGCGAUUAGCAACGCUGCAGCUGAUCGUUCAGUUAUUCAACAAAUAUGGUACUCGCAUUGACCCGCAAAUUGUUAGUAAUAUUGUCAAAGAGCUUCCGCCGCUGAUCCACGAAUCAGAUCUGCUGAUAUCUGAAGUCAGUUUGAGAGUAAUUGCUGCAGCCGGCGACUGUCAUCCAUUAGCUAUCAUCGCAAACAAAGAGCAGAUUGUGAAAAAGAUUGUGGAAAUUGGCAAUUCAGCAAUUAUGCAAGGCGGAACUUUGACUGCGGUUAUAGACGCUCUGAAAGUGCUCGUUGCAAGUGGUGCGAAGCACGAUAAAGAAUUAACUCCAAUGACACUUAUUAAGAGCUUUCUCCAACCGGUAUACACCAAUACACUGAAUUCCCAGAACAUUUCGGAUGUGGUGUUUUCGGCAACGCAUCGACAGGGUUUUUUCGGCACGGCCAAAUGUGUGGCGGCUUUGGCCAUCGCUAGUGGUACAGCUGAAAAUGUAGUCGCUACUUGCAUUGAUGAUAUUCGCAAUCCUGCCUCUUCGGAGAAUGUUAAAAUGAUUGCCUUCGCGGUUAUCGGCGAAAUAGGCUAUUACUGUGAUCUCUCUCGGCAAAAAGGGCUACAGGAGGCAUUUAACUGUGCAUUUGAAACAGGAAAAGACGAUUCGAAGAUGUUCGCUGCCAUGGCAUUAGGCAAAAUAUGCGGUGGUAACAUUAAACAAUUCGUUCCGGCCAUUAUUAAAGAUUUGGAGAAUGAAGUGCAGAAGCAGUAUGUCUUACUAAAUGGGCUGAAAGAGCUAAUACACUUAAUACCUUCGGAAAGGAUCUCGGCGGCAGAUUUUGCGCCUUAUGUGGACCGGAUGUGGAAUGCACUGCUCAACAAAGCCGGAUCUGUUGAGGAGGGCUAUCGCAAUCUGCUGGGAGAAUGCCUUGGCAAGCUGACCGCUUUGGAUCCUCAGCGAUUCGUUCCUGUUUUGGGUGAAGUGCUGCAGAAGGCUACUCAAGUACAAGUCCGCUGCACGAUGGUGACGGCUAUCAAAUACACCAUCUCCGAAGAAAGACGCGAAAUUGACCAAGUUUUGAAGGAUAAUAUUGGGACGUUUCUGGCAUGUUUGGAUGAUUCGGAUCUGACAGUUCGUCGAACGGCACUGACACUCUUUAACUGCGUCGCCCAUAAUAAGCCAGUUUUCCUAAAGGAUAAAUUGAAUGUCCUGCUGCCACUGGUUUACAAAGAAACCAUUAUUAAACCGGAAUUAAUUCGUGAGGUGGAAAUGGGACCAUUCAAACACGAAGUUGAUGAUGGAUUGGACUGCCGAAAAGCCGCUUACGAAUGCCUGUAUACACUUCUGGACGCGUGCUUAGAUCACCUGAAUAUCUUUGAAUUUAUUGAGCACGUUAGUCGCGGAUUGAACGAUCACUAUGAUAUCAAGACGCUUUGUUUCUUGUUCGUCCGCCGAUUGGUAUCAGCUGCACCGAAUGCGGUUACCCAGCGUUUGGAACAGUUCACUGCGGAGAUUUCUAAAGUGUUGCAAAUCAAGGUGAAACCUUCGGCGGUUAAGCAGGAAUUCGAGAAGACGGAUGAGUUGAAACGGGCCGCACUACGGGCUGUACAUGCUUUGACGCUGCUUCCUGAUGCCGACAAAUCCCGCAGUGUUGUAGACCUGCAGAACACGAUUAAAUCAACUCCGGAACUGGCUGCAAUGUGGGAACAGGUGAAAUCAGAAUCAUCUCCCACCAGUAUGUCCGCGCAUUCUCAUGGCGACGUGCCGAUGGAUACGUCUUAGACUUGCCACCGUUUCGGCUGGUGCUUUCUUUUGAGGCUUUGAUGGCUUAGAAAGCGGUUUGUAAAGAGGAUGGCUUGUGUUUGCCCCAAUGUACUGUUUAUCAGUCAUGUGUUGUGGGACUGAAUCCAGUUUUGGCAUAGUGACGCCCUCGCUCUGUUUAUAAUGUUUAUAAUCUGUUUCUUCUGACAUUUGAGGAAAAUGUUUUGAUCGCAUGUUUGAUCUUUUUUAUCAACAGUUUGUUCUGACACCCAGUCUUUGAAUUGAUUUUGCAUGGAAAGACUAUUGGUACUACAUCGUUGCUGAUUCGAUAUUUCAAGAGCUCGCUGUUUACGCAAAUAAAUAAAUUUUAUGUGUGA